GCAUGAAUGUGAGAAAAAGCAUAUGAACGUUGUCAUGGAGAGCGGGCAAGAAAAAGCAUAUGAACGAUGCCCACCUGAAUUAAGAAAAAGCCUGAAUUUCUGCACUGGAAUCCCCUAUUUAAUAGGACAUCUUCAAUUUCAAAGCCUGAAAUAUUCCAAUAUUUUUAGAUGGCUCUCGAAGAGCUUUGCACUUCUGUUAUCUACAGAGAGUGUUCCUUGUUUGAAUGUUUUUGGUCUUCUAUCAAUGUUUUCCUCCGUUUUCUUGUUCUUUCUCUCGUUACAAUUUUGUUUUGUUUUUUCUUUGGGUUUUUAAAUUUUUUUGGUGAGGGUUUUGUUCGGCGUGCACGCUGGAUUGUCUGUGUGAUUUGUUCUGUUUUUUUUGUUUUCUGGUUUUACUGUGAGGAAGAGGCAGAGCAAAGGAAGGACAGAGGAAGAGGCAGAGCAAAGGAAGCCACCAGUAAGAGGAAAAUUUCUUCUUCUAGGAUGAAGGUGAUGGCUAAAGGUGGUUCUAGGGCUUGUAAUUUUCUACGAAUAGGGUGAUUGCAAACCACCAUUUCUCUGCCAGAAUAGAGGAAGAGGCAGAGCAAAGGAAGCAGCAGUUGAUGGAGGAGA